AUGAGUUUGACAUUUGAGAGACUCAAGAAACAGGACUUAUUGUCGGCAGCAGUCCUUUACGAGAAAAUACCCAAAGAGGAAUUGAUUCAGCAUUUGAGUCAAGUCAAGGGAGAACAAUUUGAUUUGAUCGACUCAUGGAGCUAUGAGGCCUUGGAAGCAGAAGUCAAGGUCUUGGUCGAGAAAAAGCAUGACGAAUUCAGGAGGACCAGAACAAUGAGCAUUGAGGAGGAGAUCCUACUCAAACCAAAUGUGAUAAUCAAUGAUGAGAAAAACUACAGAGAGACCAUCUCAUGCAAACAAUUGCCUCCCAAUAGGAUUGUCCUGUAUUACGUUGAGAAUCCUCAAAUUAUCAUACAGCCCAGAAUCCCAGAAUAUAAGAUAAUAGAAGGCAACACAUUCACCCCAAAUUACGUGAACUAUUGUGUAAUUGUCGGACAAUUCGGUUCCAAUGUGUGGAGAAGAGUCGAACACUUCUAUUGGCUACAAGAGUCCUUACAGUAGUAAUAUCCAGAUAGUCUGAUACCACCAUUGCCUGCCAAAACCCUAUUUAGAAAGUUCACUCCAGAACACAUUUCCAAGAGAUGCAAAAUGUUAGAAUAAUUCUUGAGUGCCAUCCUAAAUAACCAUUUGUUGAGACAAUCGGAUUUUAUUGAAGGCUUUUUGUUUAUAGAUGAUGAUAUCAAAUUCAAGUAAUUAUUGGCUGCUUCCACAGUGUUGAAACAACCAACCAAAUAUAGCGAUUAUGCUAAUCAAGAAGGAUAGGUCAUUCUGGAAUUCAAUCCCAUGAUGGAUAAGUACUUCAUGGACAUUAAUAAUUACAUGUUGAACACUAAUGAUAUCUACAAAGAGUUGACUGAUAACUCUAGGUUUCUGGUUGCCUCUAUGAAGGAUUUCAUCGUCAAAGUCAAGAAUCUAGGAGGAAGCAUUGGUUCUCUGAAGGAAGCUACGAAAGCCUUCAAUUUAAAAAAUAUUGUUGGUAGUCUCCCCUUAUUGGAAUUUGUGUACACUCUACUGGAGGAAUACUUGGUAGAUUGGAGCACCAAUUUAAACAAGUUGGCUAACACUCUGAAUGAAAAUCUGUAUGAGUUCUUCAGAUUCUAGAGGGACAUGCAAAAUCAGUGUGUGGAAUUGAUUUCCAAUAGAAAUAAAGCCUAAUCCAGGUAUCUCAAAGAGUUCUAGGAUUUGAUGAAGAAGAAGCACAAAUACUUUACUACCGAACCCAUCGAGAAGUGGGAAAUGGUAACUGAAAUGGAUAGGAUAAAGAUCAAGUAGAGUCAGGUACUCUCCUACCAUUUCAUGUUGCCUAAAGAAACUCAAGAGGUUGAAGAGUUGAAGAUGAGAUUCGCAUACAUCAACAGACAAGCAUACCAAUAGAUCACUUAGUACUUUGAUAAUAAGGGCAUUUCUUAUACGACCAGAAUGUGCAAUAUGAGUAUACGGAAGAAGGAGAAUGCUGCUUAGCAUACGCAACAUGUGGAAAAGAUAGCUUCGUAGUUUAUGCAGAUUGUGGCUAUGCGGAAUGGUGAGAUUCCGAAUUUGAAACAGGAAUGGAUCGAUUAAUACCUCAGUCCCCUUAGAAUUAGUUGUAUUGUUAAGUGA